UUUGGUGAGAUAUUUUCUCUCCGUUUCCUUCAUUUUCUAUUCCGCUUCCCUUGCUUCGUCUCUCUAGCUGAAACGUCUCUUCCAAACCUUCCAACUACUCACUAUCACAAUUCCUAAAACCCAUCUCACCAAACUCAAUAGAUUUUCCAAUCCACCAUGGAUGUACCUCCACAAUUUCUCUGGAUCUUCAUCUACAUCUCUAUGCAAAAAUUAUCAUUUCACUCCUUGCAAUGCACCACCACUUGAACUCAUACCCACUGACUCUGAGCAUGUCUUUUAGAGCUUCACUCUGUCAUCAUCUUGUAAUUUUCGUGAAAUCUAUCUAAUUCUCGGAAGGCCCUUUUUUUUUUUUUUUUUUUUGGUGAAUCUAUAGCUCUUCAGAGUUAGGGUUUCAAAAUUCGUCGAUACAAAGCUAGUCUUCCUCCUUUUGGAGUGUCCUAAAGUUAGAUGUAAGGUAAAACUACCACAACUUAUUAAGUGUGAUAAGGUUAGCAGCAAACAUUUAAACCUUGGUGAAUUUGAUGACCAUAGCCAUAGUCUGCAAGAUACCAGAGAUUAAUGAGGAGAUGCAAUCAGCUUGCAUUCAACUGAAAUGAAGAACGUGCAGGAUCCGCAAAAUACACCGGAAAUACAAUCCUCAACCCAGGUUUCUCAUGAGUCCCAAGCUGACCAACAGAAUAGUGCAACAGAGGCUCCUGUAGGAGACUCGGGUUCAAUUUCUAGUCCAAGCCAUGAUAAUAGGAAAGUUUCUCGGGAAGAUAUUGAACUUGUCCAGAACUUGAUAGAACGGUGUCUACAGUUGUACAUGAAUAGAGAUGAAGUGGUAAAAACCCUAUUGAAUCGUGCAAGGAUAGAUCCUGGAUUUACAACUUUGGUAUGGCAGAAGUUAGAAGAAGAAAAUGCUGACUUUUUCAGGGCCUAUUACAUAAGGCUAAAAUUGAAGAAACAAAUUAUCAUGUUCAAUCAUUUGCUUGAGCACCAGUAUCAUCUAAUGAAGUAUCCUGUACCUCCAAAGGUUCCUUUGGCUCCGAUACAGAAUGGUAUUCAUCCCAUGGCAGUUAACAACUUACCCAUGGGAUAUCCUGUCCUACAGCAACCACCAGUUCCAGCUACAGGUCAACCUCAUCUUGAUUCCAUGAGCUGCGGAAUAGCUAGCUGCCAUGUUGUUGAUGGAGUGCCUGCACCAAACAAUUUUCAUCCCAUUCGGAUGAAUUCUGGAAACGACACGAGUACGGAUACGAGUAUUGGUACAGAUCUAGGAGCCUUGGGAAAUUAUCCUGGUUCUCCCUUUUUGCCUUCUGAUUCAGAUAUUUUACUUGAUUCUCCAGACCAUGAGGGUAUAGUGGAGGAGUUCUUUGUUGAUUCAGUCCCUGGGCCUCCAGGCUCUCAAUCUGAUGAAGAGAAUCUAGGUUAAGGUAAGGCCUACCAAUUUCUUUUAAUUAUUUAGGAUAGGGCAAGUUUAUUGUACAAUAAAAAUGGAGAAGAAACUGUUGACAUUUACAUAUGUUAGUUAGGCAUUCAGGGUUUAGUUAUUUACUUGAGCUUUUGAGGCUUAGUAAUGUAGUGGGAUCUAUAUUUGCUUAGUACGAAGCAGUUGUUAUAUUAGUUCCAUUUCUCACAAUCGUUAGCAUAAUGAUUGGAUAUCGAACAUCAUCAUUUGGAAUGCUUGACAGUCUUAUUAUGUAAUCUUGUAUCUAUCUCCGUUGUCACGACUCCUUCGAGGCUAGAGGUAGGUGUUCUCUCUGCGGUACAUUGAUGGGAUUUCCGCAUUUGUAAAUUUGCUAUUUGAGAGAGAAUUGAACAUCUUGUUGCCUGUAAGUGUCGGUUCUUUCCAUUUUGGCUUAUGUUUACUUUGUUAGGAAGCAA